CUAUCCCCAAACCCUUCUCUUUUUAUUGUGCUUCCUUUCUCUCAUUUCUAUGCUUUCAGUGCUAGCACGGUAGCACCACUACUAGUGCUACACAUCUUUUCAACUUAUAGAGUAGUAGUAAAAAUGGCGGAUUGGGGGCCGGUGUUGAUAGCGGUGGUGCUGUUCGUACUGUUAACUCCAGGAUUGCUGUUUCAGCUACCCGGGAACAGCCGAGUGGUGGAGUUUAACAGCAUGCAAACGAGUGGAGUUUCCAUUUUGGUGCACACCAUCAUUUACUUUGCACUCAUCACCGUCUUUCUCAUAGCUAUUGGUGUUCACAUCUACACCGGCGGCGGCGGCUAGCUACUUCAGCCAUCCGAUUCCACUGCCCGCUGCUUCCCUCUCUGUUGCAGAUUGCAUCUGGAGUCUUUUAUAUACAUGUAUACUUUAAAAUUUAUGGAGUCUUUGUUGAUUAAAACUGUGAUGGGUGAUUACGCUUAUAAUUCAAAAGCACGAAAAUUAUUGGCCACAAAGAA